GAAUUAAAAGGGAUUAAGAAAAAUAGAUGAUUAGAAAGCCCUAGCAAUCUUCUUCCUAGCCGGACAACCUUCCCACCUGUUCACUUUCUUCUCCGGCAGAAUCAAGCAGCUCCGACGAAACCACGGCGACACAGCGACAUCCAAACCCGCGAGCAAUACCUUCCACAGUCGGCGACGUGAUUCUGACCAGCAACUCUCUGUUUUCUGUGUUCCAGCAGCUUCUAUUGCCGUUUUCUUCCUUUUCGGCGCGUUUCGACACUAGCCCACUCAAAAUCGAUCCUAGUUUUGCAUUACUCACUCCUUCACGACUCUGUUGUUGGUUUAGGUAAAAUGGAAGUUCAAUAUUCUCUCUAUCGGGUUUGCCCAACUCCGUCUGUUUCGUUGAUCCGAUUUCCCAAUCAUUCGUUCCUUUCGAAGCUUCCUUCUCCUUGUUAUUCUCGUUCCUUUGUUCAAACCCAUCAUUCCACUUUGCAUAGUGUUUGUUUCAGGAAGAAUAUUACCUGUAGAAAGAAUGGUCAAAUGAUUGUGAAUGCCAGUCUCGAAGGGGAAGUUUCAAGAACUGUGAUUAGGAAGAAGAAACUUGCUGUUUUUGUUUCCGGUGGAGGCUCCAAUUUUCGUUCAAUAAACGAGGCCUCUCUUGAAGGAUCAAUUCAUGGAGAAAUUGUUGUUGUGGUUACUAACAAAAGUGGCUGUGGCGGUGCUGAAUAUGCAAGAAGUAAGAGUAUUCCAGUUAUUUUGUUUCCCAAAACAAAAGAUGAACCCCAUGGCUUAUCUGCAUCUGACCUCGUAGCUACCCUCGGAAGUUUUGAGAUUGAUUUCGUUCUUCUUGCUGGAUACCUAAAACUUAUACCCCCUGAAUUGAUCCAAGCUUACUCCAAAUCUAUAGUAAAUAUACACCCAUCACUUCUUCCUGCUUUUGGAGGCAAAGGGUACUAUGGAAUGAAGGUGCACAAGGCAGUGAUUGACUCAGGAGCUCGAUUUUCGGGUGCAACAAUUCAUUUGGUUGAUGAGCACUUUGACACUGGACGGAUUCUUGCUCAAAGAGUGGUUCCUGUGCUUGCAAAUGAUUCAGCAGAAGAUUUAGCAGCUAGGAUUCUUAAGGAGGAGCAUCGUCUUUAUGUCGAGGUAGUUGCAGCAUUGUGUGACGAAAGGAUAAUUUGGAGAGCAGAUGGCGUUCCUCUCAUUCAAAGCAAAGAAAAUCCUAAUGAAUUAUACUAGUGAGCUGAAAAGUGCUUGAAAUUUGAGGCUCAACCUCAAUAGUUCCGAUGAGAUCCAAGCUUUUCAGGUUCUCAGUAAUAAUAAUAUCUGCAAACCAUGAAGUUUGAGCUUCUUCACAAAAUAAAUUUGCAGCCGGCCCAAUCGAGUAGGGUUCAUGGAAACAGUUGAAAAAUCAUUUGACUCUUUAUAUUUUUCUUAGUAUUGUAUCAUCCGUAUGCUGAAAUCUGUUUUGCUUAUGCCUUAUCUCAAUGGUAUUAGCACGUGCUCUGAUCUUUAAGGUCUGAGGUUCAAUCCCCCACCCUUGCAAUCGUUGGAUUAAGAAAAAACUGUGUUGCUUACUACUCAGAGUUCUGAUCCUCAAAAGAUUACUUAUAUGAACUGCAUUCUUUGGUUAGAAUGCUCAGUAAGUGUUCUCUA